GUGCAGUCCAGCCCAAUUAAGCAGUGCCUGAAAUGGGCUGGGCCGGGAUAGCUUUGAUGGGCCGUACUGUCCAGCCCAAUUAUGCUGUACCUGGGAUGGGCUGAGCUGAGCCGGGCCGGGACAGCUUUGGUGGGCCGUGCCUAGGAACAUCUACAGAAGUAGAUACGGGGUGUCUAACUUGGCGAUGGCUUUAUUCAAAUUUAAGUUUAAACACGGCCUCGCAAGGCUCCUUAGUUGGUGAACAAACGGCUUGGAAUCAGAUCAUGUGGAAAGAUGAAAAAUGGCAUACUACCGCAAAUCAGACCCUCCAUCCUCUCAUUGGCCCGCAGGCGCAGCACACUACCACCAGAAGAUCGAAUUUUCUCGCCAUAUCAGGACGAUACCAACCAACCAGCUCCAAUUACACUAUCAUCAGCUCUUCAACACUAUAUUAACUCUGAUACUCCCAGACAUGGACAAAAGCUCCAUUCCCGUGUAAUCAAAGUGGGGUUCAUACCCAACACAAACAUAUCUAUAAAGCUACUGAUUUUGCACUUGAAGUGCGGCUGCAUAGAAUACGCGCGCCAACUGUUUGACGAAUUGCCUCAACGAACUCUUUCAGCAUAUAAUUACAUGAUUGGUGGGUACUUAAAACAAGGAAAUGCCGAAGAAUCACUUAGUCUGGUUCGGAGACUGGUUUUGGAAGGAGAAAGGGUAGAUGGGUAUACCUGUUCGAUGAUUAUAAAAGCAUCCUCUUGUGGUGGUGACAAUGUGGUAUUGCCGCGUAGCCUGGGGAGAAUUGCGCAUGCCCAGAUACUGAAAUUAAAUAUUAAUGCAGAUGAUGUGCUUUACACAGGUCUUGUUGACUCUCAUGUUAAGAGUGGGCGAGUUGGUUAUGCGAGGACCGUGUUUGAUGAAAUGCUGGAAAAGAAUGUGAUAUGUUCAACUUCCAUGAUCUCUGGGUACAUGAAUGAAGGAUGUGUGGAAGAGGCUAAGGAGAUCUUUGAUAAAACAAUUGAGAAGGAUGUGGUGGUUUUCAAUGCCAUGAUUGAAGGCUACAGCAAAUCAGCGGAAACAUCUCGCACAGCACUUGAAGUUUAUGUUGAUAUGCAAAGGCUAAAUUUUCGACCAAACAUCUCAACUUUUGCCAGUGUUAUUGGGGCUUGCUCUUCGUUGGCGGCAUUUGAAGUUGGUCAGCAAGUCCAAGGUCAGAUUAUAAAGACUGAAUUUUUUGCUGAUAUUAGAAUUGGUAGUGCUCUUGUAGAUAUGUACUCGAAAUGUGGAAGAGUCGAGCAUGCAAGGAGUAUCUUUGACAACAUGCUGGUAAGGAAUGUAUUCUCGUGGACUUCUAUGAUUGAUGGAUAUGGAAAGAAUGGAUAUCCCGCAGAAGCACUUGAACUCUUUCACAAAAUGCAGAAAGUAAACGGGAUUGAACCAAAUUAUGUCACAUUCCUCAGUGCUCUGUCAGCUUGUGGACAUGCUGGGUUAGUGGACAAGGGACAAGAGAUCUUUGAGAGCAUGGAGAGAGACUACUUGAUGAAACCAAGAAUGGAACAUUAUGCUUGCAUGGUUGAUCUCUUGGGACGUGCAGGAAGCUUACACAAGGCAUUGGAGUUUGUGAUUGGAAUGCCAGAGAAGCCCAAUUCCGAUGUUUGGGCGGCUUUGCUUAGUUCUUGUAGGUUGCAUGGUGAUGUCGAGUUGGCAAAUGUGGCUGCGAGUGAACUUUUUAAGUUGAAUGCUGAUGAUCGACCUGGAGCAUAUGUUGUGUUGUCCAAUACUUUGGCUGCUGCUGGAAAAUGGGACAGUGUAACUGAGGUUAGGGAGAUAAUGAAGACAAAGGGAAUAUCAAAAGAUACUGCCCGGAGUUGUGUGGGGAGCGAAAGCAGUGUAUAAGGAUAAAUUAUAGUCAAUUAUGUGGAAUUGCUCAGUCAUAAGAAGGGGCAGUCUCUAUUACUUUCUUUGUACAAUAUCAUUCAUUUGAAUCUGGUGUGCCAGAGAUGAAAUUUUCAAGACCUCUCAUGAUUUAAACGCAAAACUAUCCACUUUCUUGGUUAGACAAUCGUGUGAAAAGAAAGUGGAUGCUGAUUAUUUAAGUGCCAUGCUAGAGAUGAGGUUCAUUGACGUGCAUAGUGAUUACAAUCCGUGAACAGGGUCUGAACUGCUGGAGAACUAUGGAACUUUGAACAGACUCCGCGAUAUCAUACUUUUUAUCUGAUGCCAAGCAGCAUGACCUGUCAUUAUAACAAUUAAAUUUCGAGGGUUUUUGCAGUGGAGGGUGAUGAAUUAUGGGCUGUGUUCUGUCAUUAAUCAUGGAAGAGAAGAAUCAGUUGGUAGAAAAAGGAGAAAAUGAAUGUUCAAAAGCAAGAAGUUAUAUGACAUUUGAAGUUCCCAGGAAAGAGAUAAUCCUUGUGUGCAAGAACAAUUUGGAAUUUGAAUUCAAUAAUGGUUGGCUGAAACUUGCAGGAGCUCUCAAAUUUGAUCCUAGGAAGAACAAUUUUCUUGGUCAAGGCAUUCAAGCAAAGCAGCCAUCUUUGACUCAUGCUUAUCUGAGUGUUAACCAAUUGAUUAAGGGAGCUAAUUCUGUGCAAGUUCUCAUAAAGCUUCAACAGGAUAUGAACUUUUUGCAGGUCUGCCUUCUUGUUUUGUAAAAUUUUCAAAGAAAAUUAAGCAAACCAUGGUAUUAAGCUGAAACAUCUCCCGACUGGGUCUCAACUAUUGGUAAAGCAGUCAUACUUCCUUCA